AUGACUGGCGAGGAGAAAGAGAAAGACGGCGCCGAAGACGCCCCUAUCCAGGACCGGAGGGGCAGUGGCACCUGGUCGGACAACGGGAUCACCUCCGCGGCGUCGUCGAGGGACCUGGACGAGACGUAUGAGGUCUACAAGCAGCAGGACGCUCGGGACGUCGACCCAGACGAGGAGCGCCGGGUACUGCGCAAGAUCGACUGGCAUGUCCUGCCGCUGCUUAUGGGUACCUACAUGCUCCAGUACCUCGAUAAGUCGAGCAUCAACUUCGCGAGUGUGUACGGGCUGGAGAAGGGCACGAAUCUGCACGGGCAGGACUACUCCUGGCUGUCUUCGAUAUUCUACUUUGGCUAUCUAUUCUCUCAGUACCCCGCUGGUUACCUCCUCCAGCGGUUUCCAAUCGGCAAAUUCAUCGGCGUCACCACUCUUGCAUGGGCCAUCCUCGUCCUUACGACGCCGGCGUGCACCAACUUCGCCGGCAUUGCGACGAACCGCUUCCUCUUGGGCGUGACCGAGGCGGUCGUGAACCCAGGGUUCGUGCUCGUCACGUCCAUGUGGUACCGGAAGGCCGAGCAACCGCUGCGGCUGGUGACUUAUUACUGCAUGAAUGGCUUCGCCGGCAUCUUCGGCGGCCUCCUCGGCUACGCCAUCGGCCACAUCACCUCGGGGCUGCCGCAGUGGAUGUACGUCUUCAUCAUCUUUGGCUCCGUCAGCUUCGCGUGGGGCGUCUUGUUUUUGGUCUUCAUGCCCGACCUUCCCUCCACCGCGACCCGCUUCCUGAGCCCGCGCGAGGCCAUCGUCGCCGUCGAGCGCGUCGCCACGAACCGGCAGGGCAUCAAGAACCAGCACUUCAAGAAGUACCAGCUGUGGCAGACCCUCUGGGAUCCCAAGACGUGGAUCCUGUUCGUCAUGGCUAUCGCCGCCCAGAUCCCAAAUGCGGCACAAUCCACCUUCACGUCCAUCAUCCUCAAGACUUUUGGCUUCACCACCCUGCAGACCCAGUACAUGCAGAUCCCCGGCAACGUCAUCCAGAUCGUCUCCCUCCUGGCCUCGGGGUACAUUAGUUCGCGGUGGCCCAACACAAGAUGCCUGGUAAUGAUUUUCGGGAACCUCAUCUGCGUGGUGGCUGGUGGCGUUCUCGUCGGCCUGUCGCCGGGCCCAGAUGGCACUGAAAACAAGUGGGGGAGGCUGGUUGCCAUCUGGCUGUGCUCGUUCCAGUCUGUAGGCUUUAGCAUAAGCCUUACUAUGGUGAGCAGCAAUGUCGCUGGCUACACCAAGAAGCAGCUCACCGGGGCGUUCAUCUUCGUUGGCUACUGCGUUGGGAACAUCAUUGGGCCCCAGACCUUCAGAGACUCGGAAGCACCCUUUUACCACUCUGCCUAUAUAGCGAUUCUCAUCGGCUAUUCUGUCAAGACGAUUAUGGUCGUAGUCUUAUACGGUUACAUGUGGAGCGUGAACAAGAAACGCGACCGCGAAGCCACUGCAGACUCGCGACGCGCCGAGGACCAGGAACGGGAAGCUAUCGAGAAGGGGAUGAGAGACAUGACCGAGAUCGAUAACAAGGGGUUUAGGUACGUCUUGUAG